CACACUCCCAAAGACGGCCAGCUCGCCUGCUGCCCACAAUCCGUCCCAGCAACGCGCCAGCACCGCCCCUCUCACACUCACCAUCCCGCUUUCUCUGCCUUCCCUAAAAAGCCAUUCCAUUUCUGUCUUUUUUUUUGUUCUUCCGGAAAUCCUGCCUACCCCCACCUCCAUACCAAACGCAAAUAUUCUAUUUCUCCCGCAGAGCCACGCCGGGAGUCCUCAGUCUAGCUUGGGUCCAGAGCACAGCUCCUUCGUCCAGCGAGAGCCGAAGACGUUUCUCCUCCAGUCUAAAGUCAAGCAACUUCUAACAAAGAGUCAGCAGCACCAUGGAUGCCCUCAAGAAGAAGAUGCAGAUGUUGAAACUGGACAAAGAAAAUGCCAUGGACAAGGCUGAUCAGGCAGAAUUUGAGAAGAAGGCAGCCGAAGACAGGUGUAAACAGCUGGAAGAAGAGGUCGCGAAUUUGCAAAGAAAGCAAAAAGCCACUGAAGAGGAGGUGGACAAAUACUCUGAAUCCUUGCGGGAAGCUCAGGGAAAGCUGGAACUUGCAGAGAAGAGAGCCUCUGAUGCGGAAGCUGAUGUAUCCUCCUUGAAUAGGCGUAUCCAGCUGGUUGAGGAGGAGUUGGAUCGUGCUCAGGAACGUCUGGCUAGUGCCCUGCAGAAACUAGAGGAAGCUGAAAAGUCGGCGGAUGAGAGUGAGCGAGGAAUGAAGGUUGUGGAGAGCAAAGUCCUAAAGGCUGAAGAGAUAAUGGAAAUGCAAGAGAUGCAGCUGAAGGAAGCUAAACAUAUUGCUGAGGAAGCGGACCGCAAAUAUGAAGAGGUAGCACGUAAACUUGUCAUCCUUGAAGGCGAGCAGGAACGGACCGAGGAGCGUGCUGAACAGUCAGAAAGUCGGGUCCGGCAAUUGGAAGAAGAGCUUAAAGUAAUGGACCAGAGCUUGAAAUCGUUAAUGGCCUCAGAGGAAGAGUAUGCCUCAAAAGAAGAUAAAUAUGAAGAAGAAAUCAGGCUGUUAACAGACAAACUAAAAGAGGCUGAAACUAGAGCUGAGUUUGCAGAAAGGUCUGUAGCAAAAUUGGAGAAAUCAAUUGACGAAUUGGAAGAAAAACUGGCCCAGGCCAAAGAAGAGAAUGUGGGCAUUCAUCAGGUGCUUGAGCAGACUCUAGUGGAUCUGAGCCACUUAUAAUACUAACUGGGGGAAAAAAAGCAAAAGUUUUACAUGCCACAAGUGCCCAUGGUACAACAUCAUCUUCUGUGUAAACACUGAAAACCACCAGCCAAAGUGUGAAACACAGCAUGGGGAAUAGAACAACAAAAUAAUAAUAUAGGCUCAGCAUUGGUGUUGAAACCAAUAAAUUUCAAGGGGGAAUCUUUCUUUUAAAACUUUAACCACAGCGUUGGAUCAGUUUUUCUUUUUGAUUUGUCCUGCCCUCUCCACUACAGUAAAUGGGCAGGCUUUGACACUUAUUCCAUAGAUGUAGUUAUAACUUUAUUUGCUUUUUCUUUCAACUCUGUUUGAUGGCUUCCAUUCUUGACAAGCUUUGUUUUUUUUUCUUAUGUGUAAAAUGUAUUGAUGAGACUUGAAAUUUUUGCCAAAAGUGCAUUCAUGAGUUUCUGUCCUGAUGCUGGAUAACAUAUGUACAAGUUGUGAAGAAUGCACACCACUUUAUUACUCCAGCACCCCCCACCCCCACCCCCAGUGUUUUAAUCCCCUACUGCUUAGACAUCCGUGACUUGUGUUAUUUGUUAAAAGUGGUUUGUGCUCAGUUAGCACACAGGAAAAAGUCAAAGCUUGUAAGGACGUGGCAGGGCCUGGUUUCUGAAAUCGGGACCACAAUGGCAAUUAUUGGCGAAUGUUGUUAAUGUAUCAUACUGACCCACGGUUACUGCUUGUAGUAGACAAUUAAAAUGUCACUAGAUAUUGUUAAUGUAAAAUCUAUUGACUUACAUUUUUAAAUCGAUGAAAAUGCCACCAUGACAUUGUAAACCUUUUAUAUCAUAAAUAGAUGGGAUUGUGAAAAUAUGUACAUUUUUGUCAUAGAUAAAAGAUUUUGAGCACAGAUGGUGUUUUAACAACCACUUGCCUGUCUGUGAUGCAACAGUUUCUUCCCCCUAUGAAUGUCCUUGGAAUUCCACUUUAUCCUAUGCAAUUAUCUGUGUAAGCUCUUUAUUUGUACGGUUUAUUAAACUUUGGAAUAAAAUUA